GUGCUGAGGGACGCCCGCAUCCUUAUCCUGCACAUGGGCCGUGACUUCUCCUUCGAUGACUGCGGCCGGGCGUUCACCUGCCUGCCCGUGGAGGAGCCUGGUGCCCCGGCUGAAGCACUGGUCUGCAACCUGGACAGUCUGCUGGGGACCAUGACACACAGGCUCUGUGUGGGCUCCCCGCCCGGCGUCUGGGUCUGCAGCACUGACAUGAUCCUCACCGUGCCCUCAGCACCAGAGAUCAGCUGGGAUGGCUUCCAGGGUGUCAGAGUGAUCGCAGUGCCCGGGAGCACAACAUAUGCCAGGAACCAUGGGGUCUACCUCACCAAUGAGCAGGGGCUGGUGCAUGAUAUCGUCUACAAAGGCACAGAGGCCCAGAUCCAGCAGUGUGUGAGGCCUGAUGGCACUGUCCCGCUGGUCUGUGGGAUUGUUUUUUUCUCCUCGGACGCUGCUGAACAGCUUCUGGCCACCCAUGUCAUCCCUCCUCUGGAUGCCUGCACCUACAUGGGGCUGGACUCGGGGGCACCACCGAUCCAGCUCUCCCUCUUCUUCGACAUUGUGCUGUGCAUGGCAGGGGGGAUGACAGAGGAGGAUUUUGUGAAGGGUGGUGGUGACACCAGCGUGAGGAGUGCCCGCUCUGUGCUGUGGACAGCUCUGCGUGGCUUCCCUCUUAGCAUGGCCUGCAUCCCCGACGCCUCCUACGACUACAUGACCACCUCAGCGAGUGACCACAUCCGCAGCCUGACUCUCCUGCCUGGCUCUGCCAGCCACCUCCGCUUCUGCAAGACAGCCCAUUCCCACGUGGAUCAGCCCUGUCUCCUGGAGGAUGGCUCUUCAGUCACCAACUGCCUGCUGGAAGGAGCUGUGCAGCUGGCAGCUGGCAGUGUCAUCCAGCACUGUCACCUCCAGGGUCCCCUGGAGAUCGGUCCUGGCUGCCUCCUCUCAGGCCUUGAUGUGGGCUCCUCAUCAGCUCUGCGAGGCUGUUCCCUGCGUGACGUUGUCCUGCAGGGCCAUUAUGUCCAGCUGCGUGACGUGUCCUGCCGUGUGUACACUCUGACUGGCCGCCUCGAUGACUGGCAGAGCCCUGUGGAAGAGGCCACCUACCUGAACGUGCCCUGGGCUGAGUUUUUCCAACGGACGGGCAUACGGGAAGGGGACGUUUGGGAUGCUGAAACACCACGGAGAAGCCGCUGCCUGCUCAGUGCCCGGCUCUUCCCAGUGCUGCACGCGUGUGAGGCACUGGGGCUGGAGGACGUGCUGUGGCUGCUGGCCCCGGCUGCGGUGGCCGGUGAGCAGCUGACGCGCUGGCGGACGGCCUGGCGCAUGUCCUGGCAGGAGCUGCUGCCCUGUCUGAACACAGCGGCCGAGCUGGGUGCCCGCCAGGCCCUCUUCUUCCUGCAGGGCCAGCGCAAGGUGUGGCGAGUGCUGCUGGGGCGCCAGGACUGCAGUCUCCUGCCGCUUGCCCGCAGCGCCGUCUACGAGGGCUACCAUGAAGCUGUGCUGAGCACACUGGAUGAGGUUGCCUCCACGGCCAACAAUGCUGGCAUUGCAGCACGGGCGCUCGCCUGCAUUGCUGAGGUCCUGGGCUGCAUGGCACGAGGGGAAGGUGGCUUGCGGAGUGGCCCUGCUGCCAACAGGGAAUGGGCCUCGGCUUUCAGGCACCUGGAGAGCGGCGACAUCGCCGGCGGUGUCCGGGAAUUGGCUGCGGAGCGGCACAAGUGGAUGAGCCGGCCAGCUCUGCUGGUGAGAGCGGCUCGGCAUUACGAGGGGGCCGAGCAGAUCCUCGUCCGGCAGGCGGUGAUGUCCUCAUGCCGGUUCGUCACCAUGGGCCAGGCAGAGCUGCCACCCUUGGGGCAUUGGGUGCAGGUGGUGUGUCCAGCCCGCCUGGACCUCUCCG